AAUUGACUGUGUUGGAGGUGGCAUCUUAGUUGCAAUAAAGGCUGAUAUUAAAUCAACUCGACAUUUAGAUCUUGCAAGGAAAAGUGUUGAACUUGUUGUAGUUGAACUUAGUAGACCGGACAGACGGUCAUUUUUACUUUACACGUUUUACCGUCCUCCUGAUUCUUUGCCUGAAGUUCUUCAGCACCUUAACUCAUCGUUGCAAAGUAUUCAAGAAUCUGACUGUUGUGUUGUUGUUGGUGAUUUCAAUUUGCCCAUGCUGGACUGGUCGAAUGAUCAAGCUGCGCCUGUUAAUAUCGGGGGAAACGCAAGUGGUAAUGUGCUAUGUGAAUUGGUUGGAGACAAUUUUUUACAUCAAUUCAUAGAAGGCAAGACACACGAAGCAGGUAAUAAACUAGAUUUACUGCUAUGUAAUUGUCCUGAGACUAUUGAGAAAGUAACCACAACACCAGCUGACGAAUGCGGUUUUCCAUCAGAUCAUUAUAUCAUAGAUUUUAUAAUCAGACUUAAGUUUGAACGCACUAAGCCUAUUAAACGCCAAGUCUUCAAUUAUUACCAGGCAGAUUUCGAAAGCUUGCGCCACUCCUUGUCCCGCAUCCCGUUUGAAAAUAUUUCCUCCUAUGAUAACAUUGAUGAUCGUUGGUCUUGCUGGAAAACAUUAUUUAUAACUGCAGUGAGUGAACAUGUUCCUACCAAAUUUAUCAAAGAUAUUAACACUCCGCCUUGGAUAGAUCAGGAAGUCCGCAAUCUAAUUAGAAAGAAAUACUCGGCCUUAAAAAGAUACAGAAAAAAUAAAUCUGAUGCCCUCAAAAAAAAACUUCGGGAUAUUAGUCAAGCU